GCGCCAGUUCAUCUCUGCCUUAACCCCGGGACAAGUCUUGGGGCCUCUCUUAGAGCUGGAAAGCAGCGGGGCAGCCGUUCCGCUGGCUUCAGGCAGCGGCUCCGCCUCCAGCUUGGCCGACUCCGGACCGCGCUGGGGGGACCCCGCACAUCUGCGCAGGGCAAGGGAGGAAAAUUCUUGAAUACGCAGGAUCCAGGAAACGAAACCCAGAGCCCUUGGUGUCCGCGCCAAAGUUUCCUCACUAGCUUUCACUCUAAGGCGUUUCCUCGCUAGCUUCAGGGGAGGUUGUGUAACACCUGUGCCAUCAGCAAAAGAGUCGAGAGGAACGCAGCCUCCACCUGGCGCCCGGAUUCCCAACAGCCUGAGCCACAGAACUAUUUAAAUCAUGGAGAAACACAACAUGCCAAUUGAUGCUCCCCAACCAGGAACGAGUUUUGAUGCUGGAUAUUCCCCUCCAUAUCCACCAACAGCAUUCCAAGGACCUCCAGGACACAGUGGCUACCCAGGAAUGCAGCCUGGCUACCCAGGACCACCCCAGGGUGCCUAUCUAGGUCCCCAGGCUGGCUACCCAAUCCCACCACCCAACUAUACAGGUGCUGGCCCAGUCGGCUUCCCUGUCCAAAACCAACCAGGUGGGCCUGUAGGGACACCAUGGAUGCCUGCACCGCCCCCUCCACUAGACUGCCCACCUGGAUUGGAAUAUUUAACUCAGAUAGAUCAGAUUCUGGUUCAUCAGCAAGUUGAGCUUCUGGAAGUCUUAACAGGCUUUGAAACUAAUAACAAGUAUGAAAUCAAGAACAGUCUUGGACAGAGGGUGUACUUCGCAGUGGAAGAAAAUGACUGCUGUACCCGAAAUUGCUUUGGACCCGCUAGACCUUUCACCUUGAAGGUUCUUGACAAUUUGGGCCUAGAAGUCAUAACCCUGCAUAGACCACUGGCAUGUAGCAGCUGCUGUUGCCCCUGCUGCCUUCAGGAGAUAGAAGUACAAGCUCCUCCUGGGAUACCCAUAGGUUACGUUAUUCAGAACUGGCACCCGUGUCUGCCCAAGUUUACAAUUCAGAACGAGAAGAGAGAGGAUGUACUGAAAAUUACCGGUCCCUGUGUUGUGUGCAGUUGUUGUUCAGAUGUUGAUUUUGAGAUUAAAUCUCUUGAUGAAGAAUCUCUGGUUGGCAAGAUUUCCAAGCACUGGACUGGGUUUUUGAGAGAGGCAUUUACUGACGCUGAUAAUUUUGGGAUUCAGUUCCCUCUAGACCUUGAUGUGAAAAUGAAGGCUGUGAUGCUUGGAGCCUGCUUCCUCAUCGACUUCAUGUUUUUUGAAAGAAAUCAGGAAUGAAAAUGAGAAGUGUGGUGUACUAAUGAAAGUAUCCUCAGAAAAUUGGGGGACUGCAUAUUGAUUGAGGCUACUAAAAGGAAAAUUCAGUGUUUUUUUUUUUUUUUCAUUAUUAAAAGUGCUCACAUGUGUAUGAAUAAAACUGUGAUGCCUACAAGUUCAGUUGUAUGGUUUUGCUUCUUAAAGAAAUGGUUUUCUGAAUCAUUGGCUUACAUAUGUAUAUUUUUAUAUAUUUUAAUAUUCACUGUGAAUUUCAGAAAAAGUACAUAGCAUAUUUUAUAUUUUGAAAUGAAGCUUCAUAUUGAAAACUGCUUUGAGUUAUAAUCUCUCAUUUGCUUUUUGUU